UUGUCUGAUGGUCUCAGGCUGGCUGGUGGUGUGUCGAGGCAGUAAAUUUAGCGCGGGUGGGUGUUGUCGUUAAAAAUUUUUUACGCGCUCGAACAUUUAAUUAAUUGUGCGAUAUUCUGUGAAAAUCUGUGAAAAAAAUGCCGCCGAAAAAGCGGGAGAAGGAUUUGGAAGGACAAAAAGCUCCUCGAAUGGAUAUGGUGCAAGCUGAUCAUGAGCUGUUUCUACAAGCCUUUGAAAAACCAACACAGAUUUAUCGGUUUUUGCGCACAAGGAAUCAAAUUUCGCCUGUAUUUCUUUAUAGAAAUUUAUCUUAUAUGAGACAAAGAAUGUCUAGGACGCAUAAAUCGCGAAGAGGAUUUAGAAUCAACUCUAUUUUAGACAAAUUAGUAAUUAAAAAUGAACAACAACAAAUUCCAGGAAUUCGUGGGUACAUGACUUUGACAUUUUUAGGAUUUUACGAUAAAAAAUUGGAGGUGCCCCAGGAUCCAGUAAAGGUGGAAACUUUGCUUUUAAAAAUUUGCCAUAAAAAACGAAAAGACGUUAGUUCACCAAUAACGCAAGAUUAUGUUGGAUCAAGGGAAGUGCCAAUUAAUCCUUCAGAAAAUCAACCUCCACCAAAAGCACCUACUAUUUCAAUACCAAAUGAAUCUUUUAGUUCAAAUAAUGGUCAUUUAGCAAAGACUUACAUGCUUUUGCUCAGAGUCUACUGCACGUCAAAUAAUGGCUGCCUUAUGCAUAACUGUGAUUUAGACGAGCCAGCUCAAAAGCGUCGUAAAACUGCAACUGGUGCUAUUAAGACCGGAGGCGAAGAAAUUAAAUUGUAUGGUUCGGAACUUGUAGUAUACGACAAACAUAAUCGUUGUCUUUUAACGGAUGGUGAUUAUGAAUUGGGUUUACAAGAAGUGCAAACAAAUGUUAGAUCAAGUCCCAAAAAACAUAAUUCUUGGGAAACAAUUCCUGAUAUAAAAGACUGUAGUCCUUUUGACGUCUUUACUAGAGGACCGACACUUAAAUUUAGAUUAAGUUGGACCAUGGAACCAAGCAAUGGUUUCGUUGAUAGGCCCGUUGCAGUAAAUCCUCUUCCUAAUGGAGACAACAAAGAAAAUCGACCAGGCAACAAUUGCCCCACGAAUCAUAACAAUAAUUUUAGUAGUAGUAAUAAUAACAAUUUAGCACUGCCAGCACCUAGUCCUCUUACACCUGCAAAGAUACCUGUGACAAAUGAAAAAAUUGAUGCUUCCAAUAUAUCAUUGCAAAUUGUUUAUCAAUUUUUAUAUAAUAAUAACAGUCGCCAACAAACAGAAGCUUGCGAGGAUCUUCAUUGUCCUUGGUGUUCAUUAGACUGCGGAAAAUUAUACUCACUUUUGAAACACUUAAAACUUUGUCAUUCAAGAUUCACUUUCACAUAUGUGCCAAUACCACAAGGAGCACGAAUAGAUGUAGCAAUAAAUGAAUGCUACGAUGGAUCGUAUGCGGGAAGUCCUCAUGAAUUAAUUUCACAACCUUCUGGUGUUGCUUUUUCAAGAACUGGACCAACAAGACGUACAAGUGUGACAAAUAUUUUAGUCUGUCGACCAAAACGAACAAAACCAAGUCUUUCUGAAUUUCUCGAACUAGAUGAAAAUGAAUUUGAGAGCCAACGAUCUUACAUUACAGGACACAAUAGGCUCUAUCAUCAUACUGUGACUUGUUUACCAAUAUAUCCAAAGGAAAUGGACAUUGAUUCAGAGGGUGAAAACGAUCCAAAAUGGCUACAAACAAAAACAAUGAUGAUGAUUGAUGAAUUUACUGAUGUUAAUGAAGGUGAAAAGGAAUUAAUGAAAAUGUGGAAUUUACAUGUAAUGAAACAUGGCUACGUUGGCGAUUGUCAAAUUCCACUUGCAUGUCAAAUGUUCCUUGAAACAAAGGGAAAGGAAUUAUUAAUGAAAAAUCUCUAUCGUAAUUUUGUUCUUCAUAUGUGUAGUCUAUUUGAUUUUGGACUUAUUAGUCCAGUGAUACUUUAUCAAGUUAUACAAAAAUUACAAGAAAUGAUGAAGGAAGGAGGUGAGAAUGGUGAUGUAAGAAAAAUUUUACAAAAAUCACACGAACAACAAGUUGAACGUUGGGUUACAACUGGUGUUUAUGCGCCAACUGACAAUAUUAAAACAAAUAGUACAUGUGCAAAAAUUAAUUUCAAUAAUGAUAAUUCACAUUCAAAUACAAGGCGAAAGACAACAUUACCCCUUGGUUCGCCACCAAAUUCACAAGCUGGUAAAUCAUCAAUUCACAAUAAUGCAACAAAACAUGCAAGUAUGAUGGGUGCAUCAACAAAUAAAUCAUUAAAUUUAAAUAGCACUAUACAAAAUUCAUUAAAUAAAAAUGGCAAUUCAUAUACAAAUCAAAAUGGCGUGAGUAAAAAUAUUACGUCAAAUACAAAUAAAGUGACAGCAUCAUCGGGAACAAGUAAUUCUGUUCAAAAUGAAAAUUCACAAAAUAAACAAUCAACGGAACCACCAACAAGACGUAAAAGUACAGAUGGAACAGCGUCAAUGCGCAGAAAAUCAAUGGCCAAUGAUAAUUCAUCGACUAAUGAAUAUCACCGACGAAAGUUGAUUCUGGAUGCAAUUCAGUCAGGUUAAAAAUUUAAUAUUAAUAAUAAUAAUAAUAAUUAUGAAAAAAGCGAAAAAAAAAAAAAAUUAAUUAAUUAAUUAAUAGAAAAAACGACAAAGUCGUUCAUUUAUAUAAAGGACCACGCACGUUAAAACGCGCGUAUUGUACGUUUUUGUACAGUAUUUGUUGCGUAAAAAUAAGAUAAAAUUUUUCAAAUUUAAGUAAUAUUAUUAAGCUAAUCUGGAUUAGUAUACGAGGUGUUUGACACCCUUUAUUUCAGUGCAGUUUGUUUACACUGUGCUUGUAUUUUUUUUUUUUUUUUUUUU